AGACUAUAAUCGUGCAACCAAAAUCUAUAAUUGCUGCAUCCCUACUCCAUUAAGAUAUUAUGAAACAAACUGAUCAGUCAGUUCAAGAAACUGAGCAUUAUUUACAACAUUAUAUUGUUAUUAUACAAUAUUAUAUACAUCAGCAGGAAUAUAUUAUAUAUAGAAAACUCUUUAACCUUUUAACAGGCAUCUGGUUGUCCACCUGGUCUGUUCAUUGGUUCCAAAAAAUGCUUAGUGCACAGUUUAACCAAAUAAAUGGCCCCAGUAAUAUGAUUUCAUAGAGAUCACCUUAAAGGGUUACACCAUUCAUUCUGGCCAAAUCCAAACUUGACAGUUUUAUGCUUCUAAAAUGUGAAAGUUACCAUUUUAACAGCAGUUUUCCAGAAACAUAUGCCAUUAGAAUAAUAAUUGCACUCUGGGCUCUGUUUGGGAGGGCUGCUCUGCUUGUUUUUUUGUGUUGAGUUGAUGUCUUUGGUUUUGCUGUGCUGUCAGUCAAGCACCUCAGCACCAUUACUCUGCCCUCUCAGGCUGAAAGAUGGCAGCCAUUACUCCGUCAGCCUGUCCGCUGUGCACAACACCAUAACCUUAAAACACACACACACAAACACACACACACAGCUGUCGGCCUUACACACAAAUCGCAUAUACUUACAUAUGCACAAACCCAAAAAUGCAACAGUUGUUGGCUGCUUCUUGCAUGCCUUUCUUGUGUGUCUCUUUCACUCAUUCCUUCACACUCCUGCAUGUCUGACGCCAACAAAUGUUACCUCCGCCAUCUGCUGCUCGGAGAAUCACAGUCAUGCAUGACUUUUUGUUUUUUACUUCAUUUUUAUACUCCAAAACUUGUGUUGUUUUGUUGCCUCCAUCCAUUCAUGCCUAUGAAAAUCGGGCCCUUUGAGUGAAUGGAAAUUUUAUUUCAUGCUUUAAAGAUCUUGCAAACCGAUGUGAGAAUAACACUGGGAGACGAGUUCCUCUUUCUGUCUGAGGUGCUGCAGUGGAGAGCCCAAACCACACCAGAUCAUGUUCUCUUCACCCUCCUCAGCUCAAGGGGUGCAGUCUUGAGCUCACUGACAUGUCUUCAGUUGCAUAAGCGUGCAGAGAAGAUUGCCACCAUGUUGAUGGAGCGAGGACACCUGCAGGACGGGGAUCACGUUGCACUGGUUUACCCACCUGGUAUAGAUCUUAUUGCUGCCUUUUAUGGAUGCCUGUAUGCCGGCUGUGUACCAAUAACAGUACGACCACCACACCCCCAGAACAUCGCCACCACCCUGCCCACUGUGAAAAUGAUUGUGGAAGUGAGCCGAUCGGCCUGUGUGAUGACCACACAGAUCAUAUCCAAGCUCCUCAAGUCAAAGGAGGCAUCGGCUGCAGUUGAUGUCAGGACGUGGCCUCCUGUUCUGGACACAGAUGAUCUGCCAAAGAAGAAGCCUCCUCAGCUCUACAAACCCUCCAAUCCAGACACGCUGGCUUACUUGGACUUCAGUGUCUCCACUACCGGGAUGCUUGCAGGAGUAAAGAUGUCCCACACAGCCACUAGUGCCUUUUGCCGCUCUAUAAAGCUCCAGUGUGAGCUGUAUCCCUCUCGGGAGGUGGCUAUCUGCCUGGAUCCAUACUGUGGCCUCGGCUUCGUCCUCUGGUGCCUCUGCAGUGUGUAUUCAGGACAUCAGUCCAUCUUGAUUCCCCCAUCCGAGCUGGAGGUGAACCCUGCUCUGUGGCUGCUGGCUGUCAGUCAGUUCCGGGUCAGGGACACGUUCUGCUCGUAUUCCGUCAUGGAGCUUUGCACCAAGGGCUUAGGCCUUCAGACGGAGUCCCUCAAGGUACCACAUCCUCUCUCAAGCAUCAAUCAUUCAACUGCUGUUUAGGGCUGAUCAGAUGUC